AGAAGCGAAUAGCAUGAGGCUUGGAGGUCGGAGGCAGGAGAGAGCGAGGAAUUGCGUGGUCCUGAGUCCACUAUCCGAGCCCCAUCCCAUCCAGGUGGUGGUCCCAGAAGCAGCCAAGCAAUCGGCCUCGACCACGUAUGAAUCCAAUCUGACUUGCAAUUGGUGUUUUUGCGAAAGCUUAUACUCUCCCUGUCCCUCGCUAACGCUCGUUCUCCGACUUUCUGGCCAGCUUCUCUGGCGUAGAGUAGCAGCAUCGGAAAUACUGGAGCCGAAUCACAGCAGCUGCAGCAGCAAAGUGCACCAAAUACUCGUCAUAUAGUGUGCACUCGGUCCCGGCUUUUUGGAACGUUGUUGCGAGAUAGUGAGUCCACUGAGUCGCUCACAUGCGAUGCCAGUGAGCUGAGCGUGGGCAGCAGUUAAGAGCCUCUGAGAAUCUUCGCUGUGAGUUAUUGUUGUCAGACCGACCAUGGACACUCAUGCCUUGGCGUCGACUCGAAGCUGUGACCUGCUGCCUCGAUCUCUCGUGCAGUGCCGUGUCCAUGAUGGGAGGUCCGUGUCCAUCCCUUCGUCACUCGGAAAGCAGUGGAGCUUCCGAGUGGAGAGGAGGAGGCUGACUCUGCUGUCGAGCCGGAGACGAUACUCGAUCGACGUCCGAGCCAAGAAGUCUGGUCCAGGUUCAACCAAAUUGAAGAGCAAGGAACCCCCAGCUGAGGAAGAGGAUGAGCAACCAGUCCAGCGAACGAAGAAGCAAAUAAAAUUACCGGGAACUGUGAAAGUGCCAUCCAAAGGAGGAAGUCGACCGAAGGAUAACAGAACUGUCUUCGUUGCUGGAGCGACAGGAAACGUGGGCAGGCGGACUGUCAGGGAGCUGGUGAAGCUGGGGUACAAAGUUCGGGCCGGCGUUCGAAAUGUUGACACCGCUCAGUUUCUGCUUGAGGAAGAAGAAACGAAAGGAGAAUCAAAGGAUGAAGAAGUGGAAGAGCCAACUAAGAAGGGCGUGUGGGCGAACUUUUCUCCCGAGAAGCUGUUUGGCUUUCUCGGUCCAAAGGCAAAACAAGCAGCACAGCUAGUGGAGCUUGUCCAGUGUGAUUUGGAGAAAGAGGACGACAUUGAAGAAGCGUUGGGAAACGCAGGGGUCGUGAUAUGCACCAUCGGAGCUAGUGAGAAAGAGGUUUUGGACGUCACUGGACCUUAUCGCAUUGACUUCAAGGCAACAAAGAACCUCAUCGAUGCAGCAAGCAGUGCUAAAGUCAACCACUUUAUAUUGGUGACAUCUCUGGGCACACAGAAGUUUGGAUGGCCGGCAUCAGUUCUGAACCUAUUUUGGGGUGUCUUGUACUGGAAAGCGAAAGCUGAGAAGGCCUUGAUCGAGAGUGGCAUCCCUUUCACCAUCGUAAGGCCAGGAGGUAUGGAGAAGCCAACAGAUGCUUACAAGGAGACCCACAACCUUCGUCUUUUCGAGGCCGAUAGUAUGUUUGGUGGGCAAGUUUCCAACCUCCAGGUUGCCGAACUCAUGGCCUCAAUAGUAGGCAACUUGAACCUUGCACGCAACAAGGUGCUGGAAGCUGUAGCUGAAACCACAGCACCUCUGCGUCCAACUGAGGACCUUCUGGCUGAUAUUUCAACAUUCGGGGCAGUCAAGCCAGCGAAGCGGUCAGACGAAACAAGGGAAACCAAGCAGGCACCAAAGCAGCGGCUACAAGAGGAGAAGCAAUCACAAGGAGCACAAGCUGCAACAGACGCCGCUCAGAAGAAAACAGAAGCUGUCCGCCAGAAACUCCAGAACGAAUAUGAGUCCGCGAGGCUUAAGGAAGAAGAAGCAAGACAGGAGGCCGAAGCUGCACGAGCUCAAAAGCAGGAGGUAGAGAGGAAGGCUGCCGAGCUGCGUUCGAAGCUCAAAGCAGCUGCUCAAGCUGUUCGAGAAGCUAAGGCUCUCGAAACUGCUGUUCUAGCAGCUGCCCGUCAAGGAAAACAGUUAUCAGACCGGGAAAGGAAGGACAUUAUCUCAUCUGUCAGAGCCGAGAUAGAAGCGGAGGAAAAGGCGGUCAUAGCAAAAGAGAAAGCAAAGCAAGAUGCAGAAAAGAAAGCGAGACAAGAAGCAGAGGCAAAAGUGAAAGCAAAGCAAGAUGCAGAAAAGAAAGCGAGACAAGAAGCAGAGGCAAAAGCAACUAAACUUGCAGCCAAGUUGAAGGCGGAAGCAAAGGCAAAAGCCGAUGCUGAAGUAGCUGAAAAGAAGCGCAUCGAGUCUGAAGCAAAAGCCAAGAAAGAGGAAGAGAAGAAGAUGAAGAUCGAGGCUGAACGAAAAGCCAAAGAAGAGGAAGAGGAGAAGAUACGGAUCGAAGCCGAGAAGAAGGCCAAAGAAGAGGAGGAAGAAAAGUUACGGAACGAAGCCGAGAAGAAGGCCAAAGAAGAGGAGGAAGAAAAGUUACGGAUCGAAGCCGAGAAGAAGGCCAAAGAAGAGGAAGAAGAAAAGUUACGGGUCGAAGCCGAGAAGAAGGCCAAAGAAGAGGAAGAAGAGAAGUUACGGAUAGAAGCCGAGAAGAAGGCCAAAGAAGAGGAAGAAGAAAAGUUACGGGUCGAAGCCGAGAAGAAGGCCAAAGAAGAGGAAGAAGAAAAGUUACGGAUAGAAGCCGAAAGAAAGGCCAAAGAAGAGGAAGAAGAGAAAGGGCAAGCCGAUGUCAGAGGAGAGGCAGAAUCCGAAGCUAAACCCAAAGGUUUCCGCUGGCCGUGGCAGAAAGACGAACCAGAAGGAGGUGCACCAACCACGUCAGAAUUAGGACAGGACACAGCAGCUACUGAAGAAGCAGAGACAACGGAACUUCCACGACCUUCAAGGCCGUUGUCGCCCUACACGAAGUUUCCCACUUUAAAGCCCCCUGGUCCUCCAACUCCGCCUCCCGGCCCCCAGGUGCAGGAUCUUGUUACUGAAGGAGCAGCUAAGGAGACUGUUGAAGAACCGGUCACUAAAGAGGAGGAAGAAGUUACGCCGGCAGUAGUGGCUGAAUCUUCUCUAGAAACACAAGCCAAAAGGUCUGGGGCUUUCCGUUGGCCCUGGGAGAAGCAAGACUCUGAAGGGGAACCAACGGAGGAAGAAGUCGCUGCAGAGCCUUUGACAGAAGAGACUACUGCGGGAGACGACCCCGAUCUCGCCCCUACCAUCAAUCAGACGACAAAACAGGAAGUGGCCGUCCCAGAAACAACGGAAGAAUUAACACGUCCUUCAAGGCCACUCUCGCCUUACACUGCAUAUCCAGCUUUGAAACCUCCAACACCCCCAACUCCACCCAAGACGAUCAAGCCUGGAGAAGGUGAAUCAGAAGCUAAACUGGAAGCUUCCCAGGUGACUCCGGAGCCAUCAGUUCCUGUGAUUGAAGCACAGGAACUGACCCAGGAUGAGCUUAAUGCACGUGCAGAGGAAGAAGAACGAUUGAAAGCUCUCGCAGCACAGGAAGCGGAGGCUGUGGCCGAAAGAGAACGACUUGCUGUAGAAAGGGCCAAGGCGGCUGCCAGUUUCCGUUGGCCUUGGGGUCAACCAGAAGAAGCCUCUCAAGAGAAUGAUGUGCCAUCAGUUGACUCUGUAGUCGAACCGGCAGCAGAAACAGUUAUAGAAGUGGCAGGAUCAGCUGCAACCGAGUCCGCAGAAAGCGCAUCGAUACCUGAACUGCCUCAAAAGUCGAGACCCCUCUCCCCAUACACCAUGUAUCCGGGUAUGAAGCCACCACGGACACCUUCACCUCCCAAAAGCCCUACGAAAGAACCUGCAGAGGCUGCAAGAAGUGAGGAGCCACAGUCUGCAUCCGCAGAGGCAGAGAAUGGUUCUGCUACAGAGACAGUUGAGGACGAUGGGGCCCAAGUCCUAGAACCAGCGGGAGCUUUUCGCUGGCCAUGGGAACAGUAACUUCAUGCAGAAGCAUUCUAAAAAAUCCGCGUAACUAGUGGGAUCCGAAUCCUUGUUCAAACCCCAAUGCAUGGACUGCUGUUCCAACAACAAAAUGGCCGUGUCGUCAGAUACGGCUUUGUAAUGUGCUUGCAACUCAACAAAAUACAAAAACCAUUCCAUC